CAGCAUCCAGGACCUGACAUAGCUUUAACAGUGAGGUAUAGAUCCAGGCUGAUGCAUCUCCCACGUAUGGAUGCACUGGUCCGCCAAUGAGAGCGAACGCCACACCACGUGGGGAGCCCGGGUUGGAAUCAGCCUGGAAGAACUGAGCGCCCCCAAGUGAUAUCUAAUUUGUGUUCGCCACGUAUAAUGCGUAGGGAUUUCCUUGCACUCGCACGAUGCGCAGUGCCUCAGGCAGCGGGGCGUGUUUGUGCGGGCGGGCAUGGAAGGUGUUCCUCAAUCCAUUUCUUUUGGUUGGUUGUGCUUGGAUCCUCAACAGCUCACGAAAAUUUUUGCAGCAAGUCGAGGAAUUCUGGUACGUACCACGACCUGGCUAGCACUGUGUAGCUCCAACGGCGGUGGCCCCACCAGCAAGGCACGCGAAGGGAAAAAAAAAUGGCCGCCAAGUUUGACAGACGACGGCCGUGCACGUUUUCGGGCGGCUUCCGCCUGCAGCUCCCCACGCAUGGUUGGGCGUCGAGGAGGGAAUAUAUUCAGGACCUUGGCUUGGAUGGACCGGUCCCUGGUGAUGUGCAGGCCUUUGUUGAUUCUGUCCGGGUCGAGUAUGAGGAGUAUCAAGAAUGAAAUUCUGGUUAGGUGGAAACUGGAAAGAGGAUCGGGGAUCCCCGCCCGGUCGGGAUGCAGAUGGCUGGCGGCGUUGCGAUUGGCUGCGGCGGCCCACUCCGGCGAUAAGUUGAUAUCCAAGUUUUCCCCCGUUUGGUCUGGCCUCGUCCGGCCUUAAAUUCCCCUCUCUUCCUGCCACCCGUGCUCUGCUUUAUCUUUUUCUUUUUUUCUUCUUUGCGCCCUUUGGUCUUAGCAGUGAGCGACUUUGG